AUGAUGGCCACAGGUGAGGACACGGACGGUCACUACUUUUUCGUGGAAGCAGUCGUUCCACCCGGCGGCGGUCCUCCUCCCCAUAUCCAGACGCGGGAGGAGGAGGGGUUCUACGUAACCGAGGGCGAAGUGGUCUUCAGGGCCGCGGGCAGGCAAGUUCUCGCGACUCCCGGCACGUUCAUCCACGUCCCGCGCGGAGUACCUCACUCCUUCAAGAACGAGUCCGAAGCGGUAGCGAGGAUGGUAUUCUUCUUCGUCCCCGCCGGCAUCGAGGAGAUGUUUGAGAAGAUGGCUGCGGACCCCGACCGUUUCGUCGAAAUCGCCGGAGAGUACGGAGUGGAGUUCGUGGACGCUGCGUAG